AUGGAGGAAAGAGGCAGAGAUCCGUGGUUAGCUGAAGCAAGGGUGCCUAAAUUGUCCAAUUCAGAAACAGAUGAAUUAGCUAAAACAGGGGGCAUAAGUCUUGGUGCAAAGGGAUUUGGACUUCCUGGAAAACUAUCCAACGUUAAGGUCAUUGUUAAUGGUGGCCAGAGGGUUAUUUUCAAGAAGAACUAUGAGGUAAUGAACAAUCUUGGAGUGAAGAAUAUUACAAAUUCUUUGAUGAGUGUGGUUCAGCCCAAAUGUGCAAAUGCAAAGGAAAAGGGAAUUAGGGUUGAGGUAGAUGAUGAUGAUGAGUAUAAUCCGUCAGGGAGUGAGAACGAUAGUGAUAACGAGUCAUUGGGUUCCUUUUAUCGCAAGGAACAAGAGAUGCCACCGGGGUUACGUUUACAGCCUUAUUCGAGGCCAUUAACUCCCACCCUAGAAGAAGGGAUGGAUCCCCCACGUCAAGAGAUUGGUACCCAACCCUUACCACCUCAUAAUGUGCAACCUGUGCAUGAGGUGACUGCAUCUAGUAGUGUUGCAUCACAUGACAGACGUGGUCGUGGUCCAACACGCGGCAUACAAACCCAACGCAUUGUCCAGAAAAAUGGAAAGAUGUUGGUUCCUGUACCUGAACAUUUCCGUGCGCCAGUGGGAGAUCAAGCCUCUAAGUUGGCCUCCAAGAUUGGCAUAGAGGUUCGAACGCAAUUACCAGACUUGAGCAUUUGUAGGUGGAAUAAGGUUCACGAUGCUGAUAAGAAGCCGAUGAUCCAACGCUUGGAGGAUCAGUUUGAUCUACAAGGCAAUCCGAGUGAUGUAGCAAGGACUUUAAACACACAGUUUGGUCCGCAAUUGAGUAGCUUCACCUAA